AUGAAGUACCGAGAAUACGCCCUAGCCUCGAACACGGCAGGCCCCGCGGAGACUUUAUUCUUCUACAAUGCAUACCUGAUCGAGUUCAAAACCGUGAGCAACCCUAAACAGCGAAAGCUUGCCAAGGGGUGCGUAGGGGCACAAAGCCCUACUCCCUGCACUUACAAAAACUUCGUGAAGCACAUUCUCUACCGCGGCGAGAAACUCCAAGUCGAAGACGUAAAAUUUCGGGACACCCUCGAUAAUGCCGGUACUGCUGGAAUUACAGAGACUUCUAAACGAUUGAGAGAGCGCGGUUUCAAAUGCGUGUACGAUCUUUCUCGUCUUGUGGAGGGUGCAGGGAAGGCGACCCCUUUUUCGAAAGUGUUCGAAGCCGUUGAAGAGCAGAUCAAAGAAAAACUCUCCUUAUCUAGCGUCGAGAGUGAAAGGAACAACAUGAAGACUGCGUUGAAGCUUAUCAAACAAAAUCGGGUCGCAGAUAACAUGAAAUACUUCAUUAAGGAACUCGAAACGCGGAUGGGAAUCGAAUUCGUCAAGAGCCCACGGACCACGGAUGAUGGACGCGCAUGGCAAGUAUAUGAAACCAAAGAAACAGCAUCAAAGUAUCCAAUUCACGAUAACCUUUCAAAGGAGGCACAGGAUAUUGUGAAAAAACUGCGAGACGGAAAGAUUGUGGUCAAGGAUUGGUCCUUUCUAUCGCAUCAGGCCGUGAUUGUGAAAGUUAAAGAUCUCCAGAAGCUCGUCAAUAAGUGCUGA